UCUUUAUUAAAAGCCAAAACCCAAUGGUGCACGCCCACUACCCUUCCUUAAUCCAUACACACAGAGAAUGAAAGCAACUUCUAUAUCAGUUUUUUCUUCAGGCUCUCAUUUGGUUUACCACCUUCUGCUUUACCACUGAACCAAAACAACACCUUUUCACCAUAGUCUUGGAUUUCUUCACCUUAACAUAUAUAUAAUAUUUCUCUGUGUUUUUCAUUUAUGGGGGCUGGAAUUUCUACAACUGCAGCAGAAAAUGAUGAUGGAGCCUCUUUUUCUCUGUCAUCAGAGACUAGUUUUGAUGAUAUCCCGGAGAGCUUCAUCUCUUCCAUGAUGAUGAAUUUUGAUCCACAAGAAAUUUGCAAAUUGGCUAGAGUGAACAGAACUUUUCAUAGAGCUGCUUCUGCUGACUUUGUAUGGGAAUCAAAGUUGCCACCAAGCUACAAAUAUCUUAUCAAUAAAGUUCUUGGUGAAGAAAAUCUUGGUUCUAUGACCAAGAAAGAGAUCUAUGCCAAACUAUGUCAACCCAAUUUCUUUGAUGGUGGUUCCAAACAAGAAGUUUGGCUGGACAGAAGCAGUGGUCAAGUUUGCUUGUUCAUUUCAUCAAAGUCCUUCAAGAUAACAGGAAUCGACGAUAGAAGAUAUUGGAAUCAUAUUCCAACUGAGGAAUCAAGGUUCAAGGGUGUUGCAUAUCUUCAACAAAUGUGGUGGGUUGAAGUAUUAGGGGAGCUAGAGUUUGAAUUUCCAAAAGGGAACUAUAGCCUAUUUUUCAGGCUUCAAUUGGGGAAGACCUCUAAGAGAUUGGGCAGGCGCGUGUGCAACCUUGAUCAAGUGCAUGGUUGGGACAUCAAGCCCGUCAGAUUUCAACUAUGUACAUCAGACGGCCAGCGUUCACUGUCCCAGUCCUAUUUGCGUGGGCCAGGAGAAUGGACCCACUGCCAUGUUGGAGAUUUUGCCGUCGAUAGGCCCAAUGGGCCCAUAAGCAUAAAGUUUUCUUUGGCCCAAAUUGAUUGCACCCACACCAAAGGUGGUCUCUGCAUAGAUGGAGCAGUGAUUUGCCCAACGGAGUUUGCAGAAAGACUAAAAGAAUUUUAGCACUUUUCUAAGAGCAAAAAUUAUAGGUCUUGGUUUUUUUUUUUUUUUUUUUUCUUUCACUUCUUUAGUUUUUUAUUUAAGAUUUUUUUUUUUUUUUUUUGCACUUUUAGGAUUUUUUCUGAGGGACCCUUUAUUUUGAUAUGAAGGAAGUCAUGAUGUGGGAAGAAGAGAAAUGAUAAGCUUUUAUUUGAGAGAGAGAGAGAGAGAGAGAGACUGAAAAGGAAUAUUGAAUUUUGAGACCAAAGGACCUUAUUCUGGGUGCCCUUACUUUUGUGCAGGAGUGUUCUUUCGCCAACUUGUAUGUUAGGGAAUUAAGAAUGUAAAAUAGUGUUAACUGUUGCAACUAUUACUGGUAUACAGAGUGAUUUGUUGUAUUAGUUUCCUGUCUUUAUGGCCACAAAAGCAUAUGAAAAUGUUCUCAUGUAUAU